AAAAAGAGGUACAAUUAACGCAUGCGUAGUAAGCUAUAUAUUUAGCGGGAAUAAGCAAUCAUCAGCAAAUAAAGCAGAAAGCAGUCACAGCACUUUCACCAAAAAAACAACACAGAAUGGCACCAGAUCUAACAUCGGGUGCUAUUGAGGCUAUAGUUGGUGGAAACACAUUUGAUAGACCUGUCUUGCAGAUUAUUAGCUCAAAGAAGAUAACAGCAGCAGGAUCCAGUGCAGAUAGAUACAGGCUCCUUCUAUCAGAUGGACUACACAGUUAUUCACAUGCCAUGUUGGCCACACAACUGAACAACUUAAUGGAGUCGGGGGAGAUGGACAACUUAGCAGUGGUACAAGUUGACAAAUAUUUAUGUAAUACAAUCCAGGGAGACAGACGUGUUUUGAUACUCCUAGAUCUCAAUGUUUUAGCCAAAGGUAGUGAUGUAGGAGUGAGGCUAGGAAACCCUCAGCAGUUUAAACCUGGGGAAGCAAGAAACGAAAAUGCAGCACAACCCAAUGGACAGCCUGUAGCACAAGCACAGUCCCCUGUUAAAAAAGAACAAUCAAAUACAUCAAAUGGACCCACUUCAGCCUACAAUAGUAGACCUCCACAGAACACAGGCUCUAACUUCAAACAAGGUAAUACUGCACCAGCCAGUAACUAUUCAAUUAAGGCAGCCCCUGGAACACCAGGAACACCUGGCAGUACAAGAGUCCAUUCCAUCGCCAGUCUUACACCAUACCAAAACAGAUGGCGUAUCAGAGCUAGGGUAACACAGAAAUCUGGAAUCAGAACAUGGAGUAAUUCACGAGGAGAAGGAAGACUGUUUAGUGUUAAUUUAUUGGACGAGUCUGGAGAAAUCAAAGCUACCGGGUUUAAUGAGGCUAUUGAUAAAUACUAUGACAUGUUAGAAGUCAACAAGGUUUAUUUUGUUGGCAAAGGAACUUUGAAGACAGCAAACAAACAGUACAGUAAUAUAAAUAAUGAUUAUGAAAUGACAUUUAAUAAUGAUACAACGGUGGAGCUGUGUACAGAAGAUGUUGAUUUACCGACAGUCAAAUUUGAAUUUGUAAAAAUUAACGAAUUAGAGAGUAAAGCACCUGGCAAUAAUAUUGAUCUGAUUGGAGUUAUAAGAUCUUGUGGGGAUGUUGGUACUGUGAUUGGUAAGGCCAGUCAGAAGGAGAUUACUAAAAGAGAGGUCCAACUUUGUGAUCAAUCAGGCAUGGUUGUUAACUUGACAUUGUGGGGAAAUGAUGCCCAGACUUUUGAUGGCUCUGGUUGUCCAGUAUUAGCAGUAAAAGGAGCAAAGCUGUCAGAUUACGGUGGACGUUCAGCAUCAGUGUUGGCAUCAAGUCAAAUGUUGAUAAACCCAGACAUCAAAGAAGCUCACAUAUUACGAGGAUGGUAUGAUCGUGACGGACAGUCGUCAGAGUUCCAGACUUACCGUAAUGAAGGUGGUGGAGCAGGAGGGGGAGGUUCCUCUACAAACUGGAAAUGUUUCAGUGAAAUUAAGGCUGACAACAAUAUUGGCCAAGGAGAUAAGGCUGAUUAUUUCACCAGUAAAGGAACAGUCAUAUUCUUACGUAAAGAGAAUUGUAUGUAUAGGGCUUGCCCCAAAGAAGCUUGUAAUAAGAAACUCAUUGACCAAGGAAAUGGUAUGUUUAGAUGUGAAAAAUGUAAUCAUGAAGUGCCAAACUUUAAAUGGAGGAUGAUUCUAUCUGCAAAUCUGGCCGACUUCUCUGACAACCAAUGGGUGACUUGUUUCCAGGAAUCAGCAGAACUUAUACUAGGAAAAUCAGCCGAUGAGUUAGGGGAUCUGAAAGAUUCAAAUGAGGCAGCAUAUGAUCAGGCAUUUCAAGAUGCAAUGUUCAAAUCCUAUAUCUUCCGAUUGCGAGCAAAGAUUGAAACAUAUAAUGAUGAAAGCAGACUAAAGACAAUAUGUGUUAAUGCUACUCCUGUGGACUGGGCGGAACAAAGCAGGCGAUUGAUAGAAGAUAUUGAGAAACUACAGGCAUCGUGAAAUAUAUGUGCUGCUUUAGACUCUUAAAGAACUAUUAAGUUAUUCCUUGACAGAUGGAUGUCAGUUUUAAAUGUACAAUGUAGAUAUCGGUAUAUGAUAAAACUUAUUGAUCAAGUAUUCAGCAUGAUUGUCCACAAUUAUAAUAGUUAACACAUUCUUGUAGAUUACUUUUGAAUUAAGAAAAUAUAUUUAUGCAAAAUUUUACCAGAGUAGCUAACUAGUUUGAAAUUUACUGUGUGAUACAGCUUAAGCAUUUGGAAAUCUGUCUGUUGUAAACUCAAAAACUUUAUCUGUAUAUCUUAUAAUCUUUUUAUUUAUUUUUUUGUGGUCAAUUUCUACUAAAUAAUGUACAAAACCUUAAAAGUACUGUACAUUAUUCAGACAUGGUGUCGCUCUGUUUUUAUUGUCCAAACUUGUUUUGCAGAAAUGAAAAUUUGCAUUUAAAAUUUUGAUAGCAUUAUUUGUAUAGAGAUUUUUCUGAAAUCUCAAUAAUAAACUACCAUUUUUUUUUACAGAUUAAAAUUGGCUACAAUAAAUUUACAGAAAUUUUUCUUAAAGCUUGUAAGCUUAAAGGCAUUAUUGGACAAACUCUGUAAAAUAAGAAUAUAUAUUCUAAGUGCUGAUUAUUCAUGUGUGUGCUAUAUAAAUUGCUGUAAACUUAUGUUGUUUUAAAGUGCAGACAGUAAAAUGUGGUGGGUUUUUUUU